AUGCCUUUAUAUACACAAAUCUUUUCCUCAGCCAAUAUCAUCACCUUUAUGAUCAUCUGGAGGAGGAAAUGCAAGCUCUCCAGGUCAAGCACCUUCUACCUGAUGGCCAUUUCUGUGGCUGACAAUCUUGUUUUGAUCUUCAUUGUGGUUCUUGAGCUUUCUGUUAAGUACCACCAGCAGGAGCCAUUUUGGAGUUACGAGCCAUGGUGCAGGCUGAGGGACAUUUUUAACUACGGAGCAUACAACGCCUCGACGUGGCUGGUGGUUGUGUUUACAGUGGAACGUUUUGUUGCUAUCCACACGUGGAAAAUGAAAACUAAAAUCUGCACUUUGAGAUGUGCAGCAUGGACUACAACGGCCGUUUUCUUUUUCAGUCAUAUUUUUGCCAUUCCUUACUACUGGUCUAAUGCCGCAGUCUAUGCAAACAACCAGACCAGAUGUAUUUACAAACCAGAGGCCCCAACUCAGUUCAUUCACGCCCUGGUUUGGCUUCAAACCCUGCAAACCUACAUAUUACCCUUCAUCAUCAUCCUCACACUUAACGGGUUGACCCUGCGCCUAAUCUCUCUCAGCAAUCGGGUUCAUAUCACAGCUGAUUUAACUUCCAGGGUCAAUAAAGUCAUGCCCCUGCUGCGCUCCAGGACGAGAAAAUCUGUAGUGCUUCUGGUGACUGUGUCCAUGAGUUUCGUGCUGUUGUCUGUCACCCGUGCUAUAACUCAGAUCAUCCUGCGCACAACUCACAUGUACAGUUUGGAUCGUAAUGAUUAUAACCUCCAGAUAAACAUAGCAGCAGACACUGGCACCAUGCUGAGCCUGAGCAAUGCGGCUGCUAACAUGUACCUGUAUGUAUGCACCCAGUCCAAGUUUCGCCAGGAGUUCUUUGCCUGUGCCAGACAGGUGUCCUUCUAA